GAUUAGGGCAUUGGCUGAACCUGCACGAAGUAGGAUUGUAGGAAAUAGUCGACUGGGGAGAGAGACAGGCCUCCGAGAAACGAAGACCGCCGAACAUCUCAACUCUUAACAUCUAAGUGUCUGAUGGCUGCCAACAAUGCCCCGACUGAAUUAGACAAAGAACAGAUCUUUGGGAUGGCAGAGAAAGAAAUGGAGUAUCGGGUGGAGCUGUUCAAUAAGCUUACAAGCACAUGUUUCAAUAAAUGCAUUGACAAGAGGUACAAGGAAACUGAGCUCAAUAUGGGGGAAAAUAGUUGCAUUGAUCGAUGUGUUUCGAAAUAUUGGCAGGUGACAAAUUUAAUUGGACAGCUUCUUGGUUCAAAUCGCCCCCCAAUGUAAAGUCAGUUUUGGUCUGCUCUGGUUUGAAUAAUUUAUGUUCUCUUUUUGUUUUCAUGUUUUCUAAUCAUUAUUGCUUCUAGGAGUAGAAGCAUCGAACUGAAAAUUAUAAAGCAGGUUUUGCUUUCCUAUUUUCUCCUUGAGAAGUCCAACCUUUGAGUUGCUUGAAAUAGAUUAGUAUUAGUUGCUGCCAUAAAACAAGAAACUUACACAAAUUUUGUUUUCUUGUAAGGAAUUUGGAGUUUUUCUCAUUGCAUAAUAUUUUUAGUCCAUAAGUUAAGAAAUA